AAACAAGCUUGCAUUGUUUUGUUUAUCGAAGACGUCAAGUUUUUAAAAAUGUUUUGGGAAACCGUUUACGAGUAAAUUGCGAUGGUUUGGUUGUUUGUUAAAAUUUGUUCUGGACGACAUUUCCGAAAGCAUUUAUUGAAAUAAUGGAAGAUGAAGCUGCCAGUGGAAGUAACGCAGAUUUAUCAAAAUUGUUGAACGAUUCGGACGAAAGACCACGAUCGGCCGUGAACUCGGUGGUUCUUGACUAUUAUAAAAAGUUUGGAAGGAAAAGGGAUUUAGAGCAGUAUUUUUCUUUAACAACUGCACAGAGUGAUAUUAGGGACCCGAGGAGCUUAUUUUGGCGAAGAAUGAAAGAACAAAGUGAUACGUCAGACUCGGGUGAAAAGAAGAGUGAAUCUUCAAACGAAAUUUGCAGGAUUUCGAUUAAAUGCUCCAUUCCAGAGAGGUCUGAAACGGAGAGACGGGUAUCACCAUUGAAUGAUGAGUCUGAGUCCCCACCGAUCAUCACUGAUGUCUUACCAGCUGCUUCACCUUCUGGAGAUGAAUCUGCUGAUGACAAUCAUUCACAAAAAUCUGCUGAUGCAACUUUAGACACCUCCAUAAACAAGCCAUUAUCACCAACGAGUAGUAUAACCUCACAGCGGAAGCUAGAGUGGGAUUCUUUGGCAGAUGUUGGCUACGGCAAUGAAAGCGACAAAAAAACAUCUGCUUCAAGUCUAAGCACUUUAGAAAGAGAAGUUCUGGCACAGAAACAACACUUUACACUUGACUAUAAACAAAGUAGUGACUUAGGAUUACCUACAGCCCAUUCCACUCCAGUAGACCCAAAUGACAGUAAUCCGAAAACCAAAAAAGGACUGGGGAAGAAAACAAUAUCAAUUUCAAGAAAAGAUGUGGACUUUGUUGAAGUAAAUGUACCACAUAACAUGGAAAACGUUCAACCGAUCAAUGUUAACUUGACAAAACAAUUUUCUGUUAAUUUGCAAAAAGAUGGUGGCAUGACUAUUGACAAUGUUAAAAAAGAUAUUUCUAUUUCACCCGAAAAAAAGAUUGACACUGAAACGAACACAGGAGUAAAGUUUGAUAAAGAAAUACAAACAUCAUUAUUGAGAUUGAAAGAAAAAGACAAAAGUUCUAAUGAUUGUUUAGAGAGAGCUACUACUUCUGCACCUAAAAUUCCGAUUCUGAUAGGCUUAAACACACUGCGACGGAAGCAAAGGCGGAAGAAAAUUAGGAAAUCAAGAACAAAACUGAAAAGUAAACAGAAACUUAUUAGAAGAAAAGAAGUCAUAGCUGAGAAAGACAAAAGUGCUGAACAAGUAUCAGAAGCUGAAAGUUUUGAAUACAUGCCAGGACACGUGUAUAAUCAAAAUCAAUUAAGGAAGCAAGAUUCAAACAUAUCUAACAAUAACAAUAAUAAUGUGGGCAACAAAUCAAGCCUUGAAUCAAGCGCAGUUCACACUACUGAUUCAAGCAAAGAAUCAAAAUAUUCUUUCAGCAAAGACCUUGAUAACACUUUAAAUGUUCUCAAAUCAGCAUUGAAAGAUAAAUAUGAUUCUAACGUAAAAAAGAAGCUUGUGACAGAUAUAAUUCAUAGACUUCUAAAAUCAAACUAUGGGGAGGGUGAAGAUACACCUGAGUUUUUAUCUGUUUUGAGUUUAACUACCAAGAAAACUCCAACAACCAGUACUUCAGAAGCAGAUAACACUGAAGGAAAAGUGGUACAUUCAAAACCCAAAAAAUCAAUACUUAGAUCAAGUAAAUUUGAUCCUCGAAAUGUAGCUUCCACUUCACAAAGCGCACCUAAUUUACCAUCUGUAGUAGAAAGUGACAAACUUGUGACAACAUAUUUAUCAAAAAUAGUGUCAUCAACUACUACCGAAACUGACAUAUCUAAUAAUUCAGCAAAAGAUGUAACUUCCUCUGAUACAGUAUUCGCUAUAACAUCAUCACAAGAACUUUAUAAAAAAUAUAUUAGUGCUCUUAAAAAAGAAGAGGCAUAUAAACAGCAUUUGCGAGACAAAGAAUUGUUUUUGAAACAGAAACUUGUUAGAACAGAACCUGCGAAAAAAGUACCUGCGCGUCUUGAUAUCAGCAAGAAUAGUAAUUUAAAGGAUCUAAUUAAAGAUUUGACCAGAAACAACUAUGAUGAUGGCUCAGGUGAUGCAAGUAUAUUAGAAGGAGGGAGUUCAAAUUUCGACAUUAUUAGACAAAGAGUACCUAAAAAACACAGAAGUCAUUCUGUAUUUACUUUGUCUUCAGGAAAUUCUGAUAUGCAAGACCGGACUUGUAAUGCUAAAAUUAGAAUGCAGAAAAACAAUGUGAAUUCACCAAGAGAAGAACCUAAUAAAUGGCAAAAAAAUUUAGCUGGAUCUUGCAACAGACCUGCUGUAACAGACAGCUCCGUUCAAGUAAAUAUAAAUGUUCAUGAUAAACCAAACUCAUGUAAUCCACCUAAAUUUGCUGAAGAAGAAAAAUAUGUUUGCUUAUACACUGAAAAGACACAAACUUGUCACCACAGACCUGAUGAAGUUGAGGUAUAUAAGUGCCCUAUCUCAAAGCCAGUACUUAUAUCUAAAAGCCGUGUAACUAAUCAACAAUUGUGUGGAGUACAUUCUGCUAGUUCUUCAUCAAAAAAUGAUAUAAAUACUGAAUCUUGUAGUAAACAUCCAAAAAAAGAUAAACCCAUAGCUUGCACAAGAUGUUUACAAACUAAACUUAGUGUGCAUCCGAAUAUUUCAGACCCCUCAGAGUCAGACUUAAAUGUCAUAGAUAGUGCAGAAUGUGUCAAACUGAUUAACGAGCUAUACAGAAAAGUUUCCAAGACUGGUUCAGAAUGCCAAUGUUCAACUGAAAAAGACUGCUAUUCAUAUACCUGCAAAUCUUCGAAGGAUAACAUACAUCGCAAUGAUAGAGGAGAACAAGAUAAUCUAAUUGAAGAUUUAAACCAAAUGGCACCUAUUAUAGAUCAGAAACCUGUAGAAGAGAAUGUUAUUCAAAGUUGUGUUGUAUGCCACAAAACAUUUACAAAUCAGCCUGAAAAUAUUGCAGAUAAUAUAGUAAUUCCUAUACAAGGAACUAACAUGAUGCUAAAAUUGAGCAUAGGUGGAAAGGCACUAAAAGAAGAAGUACACACUGAAAUGCCGGGUAAUGAAAUUACGCUUGAUAGAAAAAUUAUCACAGAUAAAAGAAACCCCAGUCUAAAAGGUUUGUCUAUUUCAGAUGAACAUUCUGAACCUCUGCAAGCCGAUAUGCCAAGCCGAAUAAAUCAAGAAAAAUAUUUAUCAUCUCGAGACCCGGUACAUAGUAAUUAUAAAACUGAAAAAGAAGAUGAGAUACAGAGAAAGAAUAAUGUUGGUAUUUUAACUGAUUCCGGGAUUGCUGGCCGCAGUACUUACCCAAAGAAGGUUCAAAUCAAUGAAAAGAAACCUCUCUUACGCUCUAACACUGAUACGGGGAAUCUUGGAGCAAGUUCCGGUGUGCAAACAGAAACCAUCUUCACCACGGGCAAAGAAACUCGUCCUUAUCUUAGGACACAAACAAAUCAAGAUUUUACAUCAAAUAAGCAAUCAAAGUCGAUGGGUGAUUGCGGAUCGCAACCACAAUCGAUUAAAAGCACACCCAGUCAAAAUAGUGUGUCCGAGAGCUCAAAAUCCAGUACUGGAGAAAGACUCCAUGGCUUUAAUACUUCUAAAAAUAAAUAUUCAGCUGAUUGGCCGAAGUUAAAGGAGCAAAAGGGCUACGAUACUCUCACCGACGAUGGAAAACCCAAAGAUAUUAUCUUAGAAACGAUUAAGGAUAUUACUAAACGGUAUUCGAAAAGGGAUACGGACAAGCGUAGUAAGAAAAAAUGUUUUAAAGAAAUCAUAACUGCAUUAAGUUAUCUUUUGGAUACUGAUGACAGUGGUGAUGGGGAACAAGAAUUUUCACAAAGUUCUAAGGGAGUUCAGUGUUCAAAGCAACAAAGUUCCCAGUAUGAGAGUGCUAACGAUUUUCUUAAAGAUGCAGAGAGAAAAAAGGAAAGAAGUGGUAACAUCCCGGUUUUAGCUGCUAAUGUAUAUCCGCAAAAAAGCAACACAUAUGAGAGAAAUAUUAAAACAGAUUGUUCAAGUCGCGGGAGUAGACAAAGUAGACGUUUUAGCGAGGCAAGUGGAGUCGCCAACCCAGAUAAUAUUAUUCGUAAAAUGGAGCAAGCAACCGUCAAGUUUACCUGUGACAAAGGAUGUGGAUGUGAUGGUACCUCUGAAUGCAAUGACUGCACGGGUCAAUCUAUGAAAACUGAUUCGGGUAAUGGUGGUGGAAAAUCUCCGAGGUCAGGCGGGAAUUUAAAAAUUGAAGCAAGCCAAAAAAACGCGCCCUGCUCUACUGUAGUCGAACCAAAGAAUUCUGGUCAAGAAGCCUAUAGAUUAGAAGAGGCUAUACACAAAUCUGCGGAUAAGAAAUCUUGUGCAUAUGAUUCUUUAACAUCCACAAAAGAUAGUGGCAUUCGACCAAGUGAUGUAAAAACUUGCGAUAUAGGUUGUGGGUGUGAUGGCUCCUCAGAAUGCAAAGAUUGUGAAGAUCCUGACUCUCAUAAACAUGGCGGCAGCAGAGGUGACAUAGAAUCUGCGAGACGUAAAACACAUGAAUCUAGGGCCAGUUCACCAAGGGUAACAAAAACUACUUGCGAUAAAGGUUGCGGUUGCGAUGGUUCCUCGGAAUGUAAGGAUUGUAUGGAGCCCCAUUCUCCAAAACGCAAAAGCCCACGCAGAGAGUCAGAAAAACCUAAAAAUCCUCAAGCACGAUGCGGUUCACCAAAGAAAACAAAGAGAACCCGCGAUAAAAGUAGUGGAUGCGAUAUUUCACCAGAGUGCAAUGACUGUGUUGAUUGCCAUUCUCCAAAAUCUCCAACUGGAGAAUGUGGAAAAGAAUCCAGAAAACCUAGAAAAGUAGAUAGAUGUACAUCCCCUAGGAAAUCAGAAACCUGUGACCGAGGGUGUGGAUGUGAUGACUCAUCAGAGUGCAGCGAAUGUGUUGAAUCUCGAUCCCCAAGAUAUGGGAUUGGAAAAUGUAGAAAAGGAUCAGUGAAGCCUAAAAAGCAAGAGAGAUGCACUUCACCUAGGAAAGCGGAAACUUGUGACAAAGGGUGUGGAUGUGAUGGCUUAUCAGACUGCAACGAAUGUGUUGAAUCCCAGCUUCUAAAAUGUAGAACUGAAAUAAAAGAAUCUAAGUUUAAAAAACAAAGUAGAAGCACUUCACCUCGAAGACCAGAAGCCAUUGACAAACGUUGCUUGUAUAGUAGUUUAUCAGAGCGCGAAGAUUUAUCAAAGCCUAAACAACGAAGCCGAUGUAACUCGCCCAAAAAACUACGAACCACGUGCGAUAGAAGUUGCGGCUGCGUUGGUACUUCAGAAUGCAAGGAAUGCAGUCAUAAAACUGGUACAUGUGACAGAGAAAGGAACAAAAGACAAGACGCAAAGAAAUUUGUCAAUAAAUGCGUGCAGUCUACCGUAAGACGAGUAAAAUCUUUAUACUCUCAUCACUGUGACGAUUCCUCAGAUAUUCCGGUUUCUACAGACCCACCGUGUUGUUCUCCUACGACUAAACUUGUACAUAAGAUUAAGAAGGAAUGCGAGAAAUAUCAAAAGCGUUGCAAAGCUUGUAAGAAAUGUCAAGCGUCCAGCACAACAACGGUAAGUUGCGAUCAUUGUAGACGUGAAAAGUCCCACUACAGACACCAUAGAUGCAGAUAUCAUAGAAGUAAAUCCACGGAAAAUAUUAAAAAGAAAUGUGUCGCAUACAAUUUAAUUGUUCAAACGUCAGAUAGUUUAAUAAGUGAGGAAGCAGUUUUUGAACGAUAUCGCCCAUUGCAGAAUGUUAUAGUGAGAGUCCCCAAAUACAAGCAAGCGAACGUGCCUUUCAAAGAAGCUUGUUCUAAAAUAGAACAGAAAUUGCCGUAUUGUGAUGCACGCUUUGAACCUAAAGGCAGGUCUCAAAGCUGGCCCAAUGAGUGCGGAAUUUCUAGUACGGAUGACGUCAAAAUAGCAAAUGCGUGCACUGUCAGGGAUUACUUGGAGAAAAACCGACCUGACUUUGUGGACAGAUGCGAAACCCGUCAAAACUGCAUCAGGAUGACAAGCGAGUCUAGAGCCAAGGAACGCUCAGAGCUGCGAGAACAAUUGGUGGGACUGGGGUCCUUGCCAACAUUGAAUGAUGAAGAGCUAAUAUAUCUAGCGAAGCAACUUGGCUCAAGACGUAAACGACCGCUGCAACAAAAAAUUAUGAGCGAAAGAGAAAUGAAAAAACAUUCUGAGAAGAUAUACAAAUCGCUGCCUGAAGUAGUACAAAAGAAAGAAGAGGCUAAAAAGGAGAAUAUUAAGAAAACUAAUUUGCUGAUGGCGAACAUUUUUAAAAAGAAUCUGCAAAAGAAAGCACUGAGCGGUGAUGUAAACAUAUCAAACUACAGCCAAGUUGUGAAAAUUUGACACAUACAAAGUAAGAUUGUUGCUAUAUUUCAAUGAUUCUACUAAAAGGCAUUAAUAUAUAUUUGACGUUUUUAUGGCGUGUAUUUUAUACAAUGUGUUUGAUUGGUUAUAUCUUUGAUGUUUGAGAAAUAAAUUUAUUCCAUGAUAAUCUUGCA